UCGCUAGCUUGUCGUGUUCGCAAUUCGCCCACAUUAUAUUGCUAUCCUAAACUUCAAUUGCUUUCAUGUUUUCACUUCUGGGUUUCUUCGAUCAAUCUUUGUUUUUGUUUCUUCACUUAUUUCUGGGGUUUUCUUCACCCAUCCACCAACUAUCAGGCCGGCAGUGAGAUAUGUCACGCAAUUCAGAUUGUUGGCUGCUUUCACUGCCAAUCUUACUAAUAUUGGCAACAUCUUCAUCUCCAACUUCACAAGCUACCACUUUAAGAAAUAAGAAUGGGGUGAAAACAGCUACAUACCUAUCACCAAAGGUUGAAGUUGAACCCGGAAUGGUAUCAAUCGAAUACUAUUACAAAAUCGACUUCCCAAAAGGCCAUAUUGCCAUCAAAGGAUUUGAUGCAGAAGUGGUUGAUGAAGCAGGGAACUCAGUCCCUCUUCACGAGGCAUAUCUCCACCAUUGGACCGUUGUAAGGUCCUAUAUACGUCAAGGUGUUGAAAACCCAAGUUUGGGGACUAACCAAUCAGACUAUAUAGUCGUGGGGAACUCUGGAAUUUGUGCAACUCUUCCACAACAUUUUGGACUCGGAGCAGAGACGAGAAAAACAGACAGUCGUAUCCCAAAUCCAUAUGGAAUAGAAGUUGGGAAUCCAACCGAUAUUCCCGAAGGUUAUAACGAGGGAUGGACACUUAACGUGCAUAUAAUCGAUACGCGGGGUGUGGAAGAUAGGAUGGGAUGCACUGAGUGUAGGUGUGACUUGUAUAAUCUCACAAUGGAUGUGCAAAAGUUAUUUAAAGAACGAGGUUAUAUUGGAGGCUUGUUUUGUUGCGGUGACAAGAUGAGAUGCAAGUUAAAACAAGGAUAUAAUAGUGGUACCAAAAGAAGUCUCUAUCUAAAGUACACUGUGAGAUAUGUUGACUGGGAUUCCUCUAUUGUGCCUCUCAAAAUUUAUUUACUUGAUGCUGUUGAUCCUUGGAAAAUGUCUGAUGACUCCAAAGGGGUCAAUAAAUUGCACCCGUGCCAGGUUGAAUAUUCUGUUGAGUCAUGUUCUUCUGCCGUGGCUAAUGAUAAAUGUGUUCAUACCCAAAGUGCAAGUGUAGUUUUGCCAAGUGGAGGGGAUGUCAUCUAUGCUGUUGCCCACCAGCAUGCAGGAGGGGUUGGUUCAACUCUUUAUGGAAAGGAUGGACGGAUAAUAUGCGCAUCUGUUCCGAUUUACGGAACGGGAAAAGAGGCUGGAAAUGAAGCGGGAUACAUUGUAGGAAUGAAAACUUGUUAUCCUCGACCUGGUUCUGUCAUGAUUGCUGAGGGGGAGAUGAUAACUAUUGUGUCUAAUUAUAGCAAUAGCCAGAGCCAUACUGGGGUCAUGGGAUUCUUUUACCUUGCUGUUGCUGAACCUUUGAAGAAACCCAAUUCUAUCAUGCAUGCUCAAAACAAGGUGAUGCCAUGAUCCCAACAAAUGCCCUUUGGGCUUUAUUUGCACCGUGUGGAAUUGCAAAUUGGAACAAUAGCUACGAACCUAUAGUUGUUUGACCGAGGCGGCCGUUUCAUGCUCUGGUUUACAUGUUUGAUGUGUAAUAUUACUACUUUUUCAUCGUAUUUUGUAUCUCCUUUUAAGUUUAA